AUGACCGACGAAGAAGAGCGCCUCAAGGCCGAAAAGCUCGCAGCGGCCAAGAAAAGAGUCGCCGCACUCCAAAAGAAGAAGAAAGCAGGGAAAAAAAGCACAACCUCCGGUUCUGCAUCUGCAGCGAAAGAGGCAGAAACGACAGAGUCGGAGACGACGGCCGCACAGGCAGAGGCACAGUCAGCGGAAACAACAUUGGGAUCAGAACAGCCGGAAGAUGAAGCCGCGCGAAUAACACAGACGCGAAUUGGACCGGAUGGAGGAGACGAGAGAUCACCUUCACCGUCGCGAGAAGAACAACCACUGGGCUUGAGCGAGAAGAACGAUGCGGAAGAACCAACAGAGCCGAUGCCCGACCUUCCGGCCACCACAGCAGAAACUACCACCGCAGAUACAAGCUCAAAUGAAUCUGGCAAGCCAGGUACUCCGACUCCCCGCGCUGGACAUACCCGCCAGCCCUCUCUCUCAAUUCAGUCGAAGAUGCGCUCAUCGUCGUUCCGGAAAUCGUCAGUGUCGCAGGGUAGUGGAGUUCCCUCAACGUCGCCGUCUGCGAUGCUAAAAUCACCGUCGUUGCCGCCGCUAAGUGCGGAUGGGGAAGCUGUGCAGGAGGUGUAUAGGAAGCAAUCUGGGCGGAUUGAGGAAUUAGAGAAGGAGAACAAACGGUUGGAGAAGGAGGUGGAGGAAGUCACUGCGCGGUUCAAGAAAACGGAAGAUCAGUUGGAGGAUUUGCGGGAGGCGAAUGUGGACCUCACAGAGUUAAAAGAGAAGUUGAGGAUUGCGGAGGAGAAGGUGGCCGGAGUUGAGGAGCUGAAAGCCGAGAUUGCAUCUCUCCAGAGACAACUUCAGACACGCUCGCACCGCAACAACGCGGGUAUAUCUGGACCUUCAGAAUCGCCCCCAGCAGAUCUUGUACAACAACUUGAGUCCAAAUCCGCAGCAAUGGAAGCAAUGGAGCUCGAGAUCUCCAACCUCCGCGCGCAGGUAACUGAGAAAUCCGCGUUGGAAUCCCAGAUAUCAGCACUAGAAGAGAAGCUCUCACGCAGCGAAACUGCGCUCGAGCAAACUCAGCACGAACUCACAGAUGCCAAAGCCACCCUCACUCGCGCCUCGGAGAAAGCUGUCAGAGAGGGCGUCGAGAAAACUUCUACAGAAACCCUAAUCAAGAGCCUACAGCGCGAUAUUGAAGAACUAAAACACGAUAAGACAGAAGGCGAGAAGAAGAUCGAAACACUGGAAAAGAAACUCCAAGCUAUGAGUAACCUGCAUAAGGAAUCCGAAGCCCGGCACCAAGCUAAACUACGCGAAAGCGAGAAAGCCGAGAAGGAAGCGGCUUCUCUUCGGAAGAAACUAGCCAGUACGGAAAACGAGAACUUACGUCUCAAAGAAGAACAAGAGGCCCUCCGUAAACGUGAAGCCACGGCUAGUGGAGGCGCAGAUGACGAUGCCCUCGACGAACUAGAAGACGAAGAGCGCUCCCGACUCCAGCGCCGCAUCCGCGAGCUCGAAGGCGAGAUCUUUGAUCUUCGUCGCGGCGCCUGGCAGGAGAAGCGCCAGGAACUCCAGCCCGGACCGGAGGCAUACGCCCCUGACUCCAGCCAUGAGUACAACCCCGAAGCCGCGGCUGCAAACGCCUUCGAUGACGUGGACCUCAUCGGCGGCAGCCCCGAGCAUUCGCGCCGCCGCAGCAUGGCCCAAAAGCAUCAUCAGCAACAACACUCCUCCUUCUCUGCCGUCCUGUCAAGCGGCAUCGCUGCCUUCACGGGCUCAAGCUCUCCGUUCUACUCACACGCGCACUCGCAAUCUCCUUCUCAUUCUCAUGGCCAUGGAUCUGGGCAUGCACCCGCCGCGCGCGGAUCCCUUGAACUCCUCUCCGAGGAGAACCUAGAGGAUGAAUUCGAUGAGAUGGAGUUUGCGCGCGCGCAGGCGGAGGAGGAAGCGCGGAAGCGGGUCGAGUGGGUGAGGGAGAUUAAGCGGCAGUUGAAGAAUUGGAAUGGAUGGAGGCUGGAUCUUGUUGACAGUCGAGCUGGGGCAGAGGGGGCGGGUGUGGGCAUGGGGGAAAUCUUUGAGAUAUAG